CAGGAAUUAGAUCUAGUUAAGUAUAUAGAGGAGCUGUCAGAGUGUCACUUACUACCUACAAGGCGUCUAGUACAGAAUUUCGCAUCCUCUGUUGCCUUACAGCCCUGCUCUAAUAGCUGGGUUCAGCGCUUCCUGCACUGUCACCGCAAUCAGCUCACGUCCCAAUGGGCCACUGGCAUAGACUCUAAUCGCCAUAACGCUGAGUCAGCGUACAAUUACAAGUUGUACUUUGAGCUUCUGCAGCAGAAGAUUACUUAA